AUGGACCCAGCAGCUAAUUCCUAUAAGACUGAUGAAGCUCAGAAGGUUUCUGAAAAGAGGUUGGCGGGAAAAAUUGCAGUUAUAACCGGCGGUGCAAGAGGGAUUGGAGCAGCCACAGCCAAGGUAUUUGCACAAAACGGGGCCCAUGUCAUCAUUGCAGACAUCCUCGACGACCUCGGGGCCACUCUAGCCGACUCCAUCGGAGGCCGCUACAUACACUGCGACGUCACAAAAGAAUCCGAUGUGGAAUCAGCUGUUGAGCUGGCACUGAAAUGGAAAGGCCAACUAGACAUCAUGUUCAACAAUGCCGGUAUCUCCGGCCCAACUGGAGGAAGCAUAACAAGCCUUGACAUGGACAAAGUGAAGAACCUCCUCUCAGUCAAUGUGCUGGGCAUUUUACAUGGAACAAAAUACGCCUCACGAGCCAUGAUCAAGGGCAAAAACAAGGGAAGCAUUAUUUGCACAUCGAGCUCGGCAGGUAUAAUGGGAGGGCUAGGAUCACAUGGUUACACAUUAUCAAAGGAAGCCAUUAAUGGGUUGGUGAGAAGCGUGGCUUGUGAGUUGGGAGUGCAUGGGAUUCGAGUGAACUCAAUUUCGCCACAUGGGGUUCCAACAGAGAUGCUUGUUGGUGCGUUCAGGAAGUUUGUUGGGAAAGUGGAUAUUAAGGCUGAGGAGGUCGGGAAGAUUGUUGGGGAGAGAGGAAGUUUGCUACGUGGCAGAGGGGGAACUGCUGAUGACGUGGCAAUGGCGGCUCUGUUCUUGGCCAGUGAUGACUCUGCCUUUGUCACGGCUCAUAAUCUUGUCGUUGAUGGGGGUUACACUUCUGCUGAUAGCAACAUGAGCUUUAUUUAUCAGUAG